ACUUCCCCGGCUGCCCUGCGCAGGGAAAGGCAAGCGGCCGCCCAACUUGCGGGACGCCCCCUCCCGGGCAAGCAGCAGCCGCCGUCUCCGAUUCCCCGGCCGCCGCGGCUCAUGCAGGCAACCGGGCAGCCGCAGCAGCGCCUCCCCAGCGGCAGCGGCUCUCAGCCGCCUCCCGCGGCUGCUUCUUCCAAGCAGCUGACCUCGUUCCUCAUCCAAGACAUCCUACGCCAUGGGGCCGCUGCUGGAGAGGGGCGGGCUGCCCGGUGGGCUUCCAGGUCUCAGCCCGAGGCCGCCGGAGGAGGAGGAGGAGCGGAGGGAAAGCAGCCGCCGCUGCAGCUCCCUUUGGAGGAGUCCCCAAAAGGUCCUCUCCCUGCUGGAGCCACCAACCCCCCCCAGAAGCCUUGCGUGGAAGAUGCUGCAGAUCCACCUUCAGAGGCGUGUCUGUCUCACUGCGAGCAUCCUCCCAAAUCCUUACUGAACUGCCAGCAGCCUUCCAAGCCACAGAAGCGAUCUCGGGCUGCCUUCUCCCACACUCAAAUCAUAGAGCUGGAAAGAAAAUUCAGCCACCAGAAGUACCUGUCUGCCCCGGAACGUGCUCACCUGGCUAAGAACCUGAAGCUCACCGAAACCCAAGUAAAGAUCUGGUUCCAGAACAGGAGGUACAAGACCAAGAGGAAACAGCUGGCCUCUGAACUGGGGGGGCUGGAGAAAAGUCCUGCCCUGCCGGUCUUCAAAGACAGUGACUUCUCCAGGGCUUCCCUGGCCCUCUCUGUGUAUCACAGCUACCAGUACAAUCCCUAUUUAUACUGCUUGAAUGGCUGGAGUCCAGUCUUGUGGUGAACUGCAUGGCAGGUCAUAUAAAAGCUCUCCCUCGCCUUCACCCAACACAUGGUGUCGCUACAGUGGAAGAGAUGGCCAUUGAGGCUGUGCCCUUUGGAAUCUCUUACCCGCCUGCCCCCCACCAUCUUGGACCUCCAUUACAUGCAUGAUGCUGUAAAGCAAAGUUGUGCCAUCGAGUCAGUGUCCAUUCCUGGCACCCACAGAGCCCUCUGGUUGUCUUUGGUAGAAUACAGGAGGGGUUGACCAUUGCCUCCUCCCGCGCAGUGUGAGAUGAAGAUGCCUUUCAGCAUCUUCCUAGAUCGCUGCUGCCUGAUAUAGGUGUUUCUCAUAGUCUGGGAAACAUCCCAGUGGGGAUUCGAACCAGCAACUUCUUGCUCCCUAGGCAAGUUACUUCCCCGCUGUGCCAUUCGGUGGCUUCAUGAUGCUGUAGAUCUCUGGAAAUCUGGUUAUGAUUAGGACUGGGGGACAGCUCAUUUGUAAUGCAUAAAAAGUCAAGACACAGUUGUUACAAGGGACCGGAGCAUCUGCCCCAAAGUAAUGCAGCUGCUAAGCUAAUCAUUCCUAAAUGGUGAGUGGAGGCCCAUUACUGUGUGUGCAGUGAAAAUGGCUGGAGGGUCAUGAGAAUUCAAUCCCUUCAAUAACUAAACCCAAAAUGUGCAACUGAAGAAGAGACUGGCUGACAUGAUGAGGAAAAGUACUACUCAAAGUAAUCCAGCUGAAAUUAAAAUAAGUUAGACUCAGGCUGCACAGGUUUGGCCCUCCCGCUGGUUCUGGACUACAAUUCUCAUCAUCCCCAGCCAUGGCCUGAUCUUCCAAUCAGAAACCAUACCCAGAUCAAUGACACAGAAAAGCAGAAUGUGAACUCCUCUUAGGAUGGGAAACUCUGUCUCUUCUUUAAAAUGUAAAGCUUUUUGGAUGUAAAAUAGGAGCUUGCCUUCUAGUUUCUUUCAGAAAACUGGGUUUCAGCAGAAGGUUUGGGAAAGCCCUUUGUUGGGAUUUUUUAAUCCCUAAUUUGCCACAAUAGGCAGAUUUUAGCUAUGGGUUUAUUGGGUCCUCACCAGCUGCUUGCCCAGAAAAUGAAGCACGUACUCCAGAAAUCAAAUAACAUUCCAUUUGAGUUACCUUAGAAAUAGGUCAAAGGAGCAAAUAUAAUGUAAGUCAAAUUCUAACACCGUGUUCAAAAGUCAUUGCAGGGAACCAAUGACUUUUCCUUCAAGGAAACCUUUCCUUCAAGGAAACCUUUCUGUUUUGUGGGGAUGGGUGUGUGUGAUCUUACGUUCUCAGCACUCCAAUAGCAACAAGAUGCACCUCAGUGAGAUUCCCCCACCUCAGUAGCACUGCCAUUGCAAGCCUAUGUGACCUGUGGACUUGGGUUUUAUGAGUGCGAUGAGAUCCUAUUGGACAAUAUCUGUGCAGUCAUUCAUUAUGAAUGACACAACUCCUACCUCCCCAUGCUAUCUUGCAUACAAUAAACAUUCAACAUUUGUUUGUUUUUAUACAAUCUUUAGGCGGUGAUCUCUCCCCUUGUGUAUCCAUCAAUUGUGGGAGUAUUUGUUUAGGCUGUUCAGACUACCAACCCAAAUACCAGCAAACGCGGCUCCAGGCCUUCCCUUCAUGGCAAAAGCCCUGUCACUUCAAAAACAGUUGCCUUUUGUAGGCUCAUUUGCAUAAUGUUCAGAAGAUUGCAGCAUUUCUCACCUUGUCAGUUUUAUUUCCCCAUUUUGCCUCAUUGCUUUCACUUCUGCUAGCCAGAGAAACUGACAAAGCUUUAGUGAGCAGGAAUGGUCUCCUUCGCUGAGCAGGGUCCAUCUUUGUUUGCAUGUGGAUGGGAGACUAUUUUUGAGCACUGUAAGAUAUUGGGGCCAUAUAGCUCAGUGGUAGAGCAUCUGCUUUGCAUGCAGAAGAUCCCAGCUUCAUUCCCUGGUCCAGCUGGGAAAGAGUCCUGCCUGCAACCUUGGAGAAGCCGCUGCCAGUCAGUGUAGACAAUAUAGAGCUAGACAGACCAAUGGCCUGACUCAGGAUAUAGCAGCUUCCUAUGUUCCCAUCAAUGCAACAUUACAGGGAAUUGCAGAAUCCUCUUGCAAAAGCAAGAAACAACGUUGGGGGGGCAUUUUGCAAAUUAUUGACUUGGCACACAAAAAUGAUUCUUCUUGGAUCUGAUUCUCAUGGAGGGGAUAAACUUGUGUCUGGACAGUACCACUGCACAUUAAAGGGGAGAGCUCACAUAGUGGAAUGAACACACAAAGCUGACUUGGACUGAGUCAGACCAUUGGUCUGUCUAGCCCAGUACUCUGGCUAGCAGCAGCUGUCUAUAGCCCUAGCCUAGGCUGAUCUCUUUUCUAGCUGUGUUGCCGGAGCUUUUUUAACUGGAGAUACAUGGGCCCUUGUGCAUCCCAAGCAAAUGCUCGACCGAUGACCUAUGACCCCGCAUAAAUUCCCCACACACAGAAAAGCAGUGUGUCAUGGAGAAGGAUUCUAUUCUAGUCUUCUCCCUGACAAGCUAGUUUUCUGUGCAUAGAAAUAUUUGUUCUUGAGCCUCCAUUCUAUCCUGCACGGUCCAGGUUCCAGUCUGACGUGGCACAAUAGACUCUGUAAGAUGUAGGUCUUGGCAAGGAGGGUUGAGUCCCAAAAAUGUAAAUGAUGUUCCAAGAUUCAGUCUAUAAUCUGAAGUAAAUUUUAUGCUGGCCUAUGACUGUACCAAAGAUUGAUUGAUUGAGUUAUUGAUUGAUGUAAAUUUUGCAUAAGUACUUCAUCAGCUGGUAGGAUGCUAUUAACAAGCUUUAGAGAACCUCUUUGGAGGAGUUAUUUUAAUAAUACACACAACAAAGGUCUUAUUUUCUUACCUUCUCUUUCUAAAGUGAAACAAUGAAUUUUAUAACUUUCCAAAAUAAAGGCUGAGUCAAAUGUU